UUUGAAUUCUGAUUUUCCCAGUAUUACCGUUUAUUUUAUUUAUGCAAAACAUGUAUUAAAUUGUGUAUAGUGUACAGAAAUUUGUUCACACAAAUAAUAAGUUAUCAGUGAAGGGAAUGGAUCAAAAAUAUUCCGGCUUAAAUAUUUUUAGUUCCAUAAAUAAGGAAAAUGAGACACCAAAAUCAGUAAAAAACGAGGUAAAAAAUAAUCUUUUUAAGGAAAAUAAACCGUUAGUGAAAUCAGUAUUAACAGAUGUUAAUAAAAUACAAAUUAAACAAGACGCAGGAAACGGGUCGUCGAAUAAUAAAAAAGAAAAAGUGGAUGCAGAGCCACAUUUCACACCGAAGACCACUCCUCGAAAUAUUCAACAAGAGGAAUGUAAGAAACAUAAAUGGACAUUAACCGACUUUGAUAUUGGUAAACCUUUGGGUAAAGGAAAAUUUGGUAAUGUGUAUUUGGCCCGGGAAAAAAAAUCGAAAUUUUUAGUGGCAUUGAAAGUUUUGUUUAAAAGUGCUAUUAAAGAAUUUAAUAAUGAACAUCAAGUUCGCAGAGAAAUUGAAAUUCAAAGUCAUUUAAGACACCCUAAUAUUUUACGAAUGUAUGGAUAUUUUCAUGACGAAUCAAGAGUAUACCUGAUUUUAGAGUAUGCUCCGAAUGGUGCGCUUUAUUCUAAACUAAUUAUGAGCCCUACGAAAAGAUUUCCAGAAGAUGUAUGCUCGAAGUACAUAGCACAAAUAGCAGAUGCUCUCCUGUACUGUCACUCGAAGAAAGUAAUUCAUCGAGACAUCAAACCAGAAAAUUUGCUGCUUGGCGCAAAGGGUGAAAUCAAAAUUGCCGACUUUGGAUGGUCAGUGCAUGCGCCAUCCUCAAGAAGAACAACAUUAUGCGGAACCCUUGACUACUUACCUCCAGAAAUGGUAUGCGGAAAAACCCAUAACGAGAAAGUAGACCUUUGGAGUCUUGGCGUACUGUGUUACGAGUUUCUCAACGGAAGACCACCUUUUGAAUCAAAUAGCUAUGAUGAGACUUACCGAAGAAUAAGUAAAGCUCUUUUUACUGUCCCCGAUCAUGUGUCGAAUGAAGCAAAAGACUUAAUGAAGAGACUGUUGGUUGUAAAUCCUGAUAAAAGGCUGGAAUUAAAGGAGGUUUUAAAGCAUCCUUGGAUUUUGAAACAUGCAGAACUAAGUACCGAUUGUAAAACUUAGUGGUUUUUCUAUGAUAUUGUUGUUAACUGCCAUUUUAGAAUUUUACUCGUUAAGAAUCGUUUCUGUACAAGGGAUGUGAUUUUGUGUCUUAUUUUCGUUAACUUAUGAGUAAAUGUAAUAUUUAGCAUGAUUAUAACUUAUUAGAAUAUUUUUUAAUUAACUUAAUAGUCGGUAGAAUAAUUGCGAAUCUGUAAAUUUGUAGGGAAUUCGGUUACAUCUUGAUUAGACCUAUAUUUUUUUAUAUCUACAAGAGUAGCAUAUUUGCUACCUAUUUUGUAAUCCAAA